AUGUUGUUCAAAAGUAAACCUAAAAUUCCUCCGGUCGCUGACCCGAGCACAAGUGCGCAGACUCAAGCUCCGAUGCGCAGCUCGCAGUUGGAUGCCUAUGUGGCUGCGCGCCAACAGGCGGGCGGUGCUCGUGACCCCUACGGGGCACCAGGCGGAGGCGCCGUGCGUGAUCCGUAUGGCGCGCCCAGUGCAGGCGCAGCACGCGAUCCCUACGGCGCGCCUAGUAUGGACAACACACGUGCAUCCUUCAGCUCGCGUAGCUCGGUCUCACGUAGCGGCGCAGCGCCCGGUCCGCCUCCUUCCGACGCUGAUCUUCUGGCCGAAUACGGCAGUGGAUCAGCGCCACCCCCACCACAGGGCACGUACAUGACACCAGGUGCUCCAUCGUACCGUGACCCGUACUCUCAGGACCAACUGGAUACGGCACUAGACCCGGAAGAAGAGGAGAUCCAAGCGAUCAAGUACCAAAUCCGCAACACCAAACAGGAGAGUCUUAGCAGCACUCGCAAUGCGCUUCGUCUCGCGCGAGAGACCGAGGAGACAGCUACAAACACAAUGAUCAAGCUCGGCGAGCAGAGUGACAGUAUUGGCGACACGGAACGCAGCCUGGAUAUUGCCAAGGCCCACGCUUCGCGUGCGGAAGACAAUGCCCGCACGAUUGCGCAGCUCAACCAAUCCAUUUUUCGUCCCAAAUGGAAACGGAACAAGCAAGCGAAGCGCGAUGCAGAAGAGGCCCGGGCCGUACAGCGCCAUAUCGACGAGCGUAUGGAGCGUGAGUUGACUCGUGCUGAAAUGCUCUCAUCGCAGCGCCGUGUCGAAGAAACUGUGUCGAAUACUAGUAUGUUUGGUAAGAUGAGGCAGCGUUUCAACUCGAAAGAUGACACGAUUGCCGAUCCCUCGACGGAGCGUGAACGAUACCAAUUCGAGGCUACGCAGAGUGAUGAUGAGCUCGAGGAUGAGCUGGACAGCAAUCUGGACGAAAUCUCAGCGCUGAGUUCGCGUAUGAACCUGCUGAGCCGCGCUAUGGGCCAGGAAGUGGACGAACAGAACAAGCGUCUCCAGCGUGUGAGCGACAAGACUACGUCUCUUGAUACGCGUAUUUACGCAGGCACAAAGCGUCUUGAGCGUCUCAAGUAG